GCCAGAGUCAGUCAGACAGUUGCAUUCAUUUGGAAAUAGGAAGGCUAUACCAUACUGGGGAGCCAGCACCCAGCAAAGGCCAAUACAGAAGUGAGUUCAUGUGGCAGCCUAAACAGUGUGAGAUGGAGAUGAAACCUGAAACUUCAGGGCAAGGUCAGAAACGAAAAUACCAGCAUGAAGGUGGAACAGAGAUCGAAUCUGAAGCUUUGGGACAACAAAAAAAAAAAAAAAAAGUGAAAUGCCAGGAUGAGGGUGCAACGGAUUUGGAGUUUGAAGAGCCCAGCAAAACUCCAAAGAGGAUACCUCAGGAACAGCAAGACCGAGAGCUUCAAAGUCAACAGCCAUGCAAGGAUGAGCUACGGGAACCCCAUCAAGAAAGUCUAAGACAACUAAAGCCCCUAGAGUGGGGUAAAGGUCCACAGGAGCAGGCUAUAACUGGGAGAAAGUCUGGGGAUGGUGGCAAGGGUUGCAAGCGGCCCUGUUGCAUCAUGGAGGAAUAUGCCAAAAACCACCAAAGGCAAAAGUGCCAAAGGUUGCUGCAGCACCUUCUGCCCAGUGAUCACAUGAAAUCUGACCCACAGAGAGCUCUCACAACCCUGGUGGACACCUUGAAGAUCAAAGGGUGUGUGGAAGGGCACAGUCAUGGAUCCAGAACAACUCAGUGUGAUCCUAAACAAUCUACUGUUGUUACCACAAAGGAAUGUGUCUCACCAGACUUGAGAGUGAGGACGUGUACAGAGAACUCUUCUGAUACACAGAAAAAAGAUGCAGUAAACCUUGAAGGAAGAAGGGGACACCACUUGGAGCCUGACUUGCUAAGAGCAGAGGCUCAAGUCUUCCUGCAUAGUGGCAGCAGUAGGUCACUCCCCAACAAGAUGCCAGUAGUUAUGGCAGAGAAAAAGCCUGUUGCAGAACAGGAAAAGGGCAGAGGAACGGAUGAAGUCCUUAAUGUUACAGAGGACAUGGAAAAGGAAAUAAGAAAUGCACUGGGUCCAGGACCCCAGGAGGAAAUCUUAACGAGUGCAUUCAAACUGCAUAUUACUCGAGGAGAUAUCCACACCCUAGAGAAUGGUGAGUGGCUCAAUGAUGAGGUCAUCAAUUUUUACAUGAAUCUUCUGGUUGAGAGAAAUAUCAAAAAAGGGUACCCAGCUCUUCACGUGUUCAGCACUUUCUUUUAUCCUAAACUAAAGCAUGGUGGCUACUGUUCUAUUAAACGAUGGACUCGAGGAAUAAAACUGUUUGAAAAAGAAAUUAUUCUAGUACCUAUUCACCAGAAGGUACAUUGGAGCCUAAUAGUAAUUGACCUAAGAAAACAAAGUAUUGUUUACUUUGAUUCAAUGGGUCAGACAGGGCAGAGUAUUUGUGAGACCAUGUUUGAAUAUUUACAAAAUGAGAGCAAAACUCAAAGGAACAUUGAGCUGGACCCUUUGGAGUGGAAAAGAUACAGUAUGACUUCAAAGGAGAUUCCUCAACAACUGAAUGGGAGUGACUGUGGAAUUUUUACUUGUAAAUAUGCAGAUUACAUUUCUAGAGACCAACCACUUACCUUUUCUCAGCAACACAUGCCCAUCUUUAGGAAGAGGAUGGUCUGGGAAAUCCUGAAUUGUCACUUACUGUAACAACAUCCACCUGGUUCCUAUGGCACCCCUGCACUUUUCCAUCAAUGUUUCUAUAUACCUCAAGCAAGAUGAGUUGAAAAGAUUUAAAACAGAUACUGAGCUGCCUGACAUGGAGGAAGCCCACUCUCUUCAAUGUAGUCCUGACCUGGGGAGUUCUGCCCAAUGCCAUCUAUAGCUGCAAGUAGCUACUGCAAGCUUAGAAAUUGCUGUUCAACCCACACAAGAACACAUGUUCAAACAACAUUGUUUUAAUGUUGGAUUUAGUUUAUGAAUUAUUUUAAUGUUGAAUUUAUUUUAUCAAUUGUUUUAAUAUUGGAUUUAGUUUCUGAAUUGUUUUAAUGUUAGAUUUAGUUUAUGAUUGUUUUUUUGUCUUCUUCCCCCACCAAUGAUUGUUUACGUUUUCACUCACUCAUUUGCAAACCUUUUACAGUUUCCAUUUUAUAAUACUCUCUAAUUGCCAACUCUAUUCCUUGUUUGAACUGUUUAUUCCUGAAAGGAAUGCCCAUCACAAUGUCAUUCUCUCCUUAAGAUCAGGAGGGACAUCAGCAAGAAGAGGCAGGAUGUGUUAACUAGCAUCUCUAAUGAUGGAGUUGUAUCUGUUAAAUUGAAGCUGGAGGUGUUUUUUUUAAUGUAUUUUUUUAAAGCUUGAAAAUAGUACAAGAAAGACAAUGAAUUGCACAGACUGAUGCUUUCCUGACUCAUCACAUUCUACUGGACUUGCAUAGGAUGCAGAACUGUUGAGAAAAGCAUCAUGGUUACUUUAAGACACAUUCUUUCCCAGAAUUAAGGUGACUUGCCUUAGGUUUUGAAAGUUGAUUAGAAGUAAUUAUAAUGGUAAAUAUCCAUAUUAUUAUAUUGAAUCCAAACUUCAGCUUUGCUAGGUCUAUAUUGAAUUAUUUGAAAAGUUUGAUUCAAUUUAAUGUUAUUUACUUAAUUCAUUAGGUUAAUAUUGCUAUAUCCCAUUCCCACUGUGGAAGUGGUGAUUUAUGGUUGAUAUUGCUAAUUAUACAGUAAUCCAUUUUACAUAUGAUGAACUGUAUUUAA